GCGAUCCCCCGUGUAAGAGUGAGGUGGAGGAGGACAUUCCAGUCCAUGUGACCACAGGAAAUCCCAGUAAGAACUCUGAGGGAAACGCCAUGUUAUCGCUAGACUAUAAAGAAGAUGAAGAUACCAUGCAGCGCUCUUCAGGAGAAAACCUCUUUACCUGUAAUGUACCAGAACCUUACAGUGCAGCUCUGUCAUAUAAUCCUACUAACCAUGAGGAACCUUCUCCUGACCGAUCACAGAUUGUUACCACAAGUGCCAGGCAGAAAGGGGGUAAAAAGUUUCAGAGCGAUAAAUGUGGAAAACAGUUUCCAAAAAUCUUAAAUCUUAUUGGACACACAAGAAUUCACACUGGAGAGAAGCCGUAUUCAUGUUCAGUAUGUGGUAAGUGUUAUACAAAUAAAUCAGUUCUUGUACAACAUGAGAGAAUUCACACAGGACAGAAGCCGUAUUCAUGUUUAGAUUGUGGGAAAUGCUUUACACACAAAGUACAACUUGUUAGACAUCAUAUAAUUCACACAGGAGAGAAGCCGUAUUCAUGUUCAGAAUGUGGGAAAUGCUUUACAGAUAAAUCAGAUCUUAUUAGACAUGAGAGAAGUCACACAGGAGAGAAGCGAUAUUCAUGUUCAGAAUGUGGGAAAUGUUUUACAAAUAGAUCGGAUCUUGUACAACAUGAAAGAAUUCAUACAGGAGAGAAGCCAUAUUCGUGUUCAGAAUGUGGGAAAUUCUUUUCAAAUAAAUCAUAUCUUGUUAAACAUCAGAGAAUUCACACAGGGGAGAAGCCAUUUUCAUGUUUACAGUGUGAGAAAUGCUUUACACACAAAGUACAACUUGUUAGACAUCAUAUAAUUCACACAGGAGAGAAGCCAUAUUCAUGUUUAGAAUGUGGGAAACGCUUUACAGAUAAAGCAGAUGUUAUUAGACAUGGGAGAAGUCACACAGGAGAGAAGGCUUAUUCAUGUUCACAAUGUGAGAAAUGUUUCAUGCAUAGAUCAGAUCUUGUACAACAUGAGAGAAUUCACACAGGAGAGAAGCCGUAUUCCUGUUCAGAAUGUGGGAAAUGCUUUUCAAAUAAAUCAUAUCUUGUUAAACAUCAUAGAAUUCACACAGGGGAGCAGCCAUAUUCAUGUUCAGAAUGUGGGAAAUGCUUUACACACAAAUCACAACUUGUUAGACAUCACCCAGUUCACACAGGAGAAAAGCCGUAUUCAUGUUCAGAAUGUGGGAAAUGUUUUACAAAUAAAUCAUAUCUUAUUAGACAUGGGCAAAGUCACAUAGGAGAGAAGGCUUAUUCAUGUUCAGAAUGUGGGAAAUGCUUUACAAGUAAAUCAGGUCUUGUUAUUCACUUGAGAAUUCACACAGGAGAGAAGCCGUAUUCAUGUUCAGUAUGUAGGAGAAAUUUCACAACUAAAUCACCUCUUGUAAAACAUGAGAGAAUUCACAAAAGAGAGAAUACAUUUUGAUGUUUUAGAAGGAACACAGCAAAGAAACCAUAAUGCUGUUGAGAAUGUAGGAAAUGUUCUUUAUUCAGAAGAGCCUUGAGGAUGAAUUGUCCCCAUGAUUCUUGCUUCUUCUUACUAUAUUCAGAGCUACACUGCAGAGGGACAUAGUGUAAGGGGAAGGACUACCCAUAGAGAGUUUUAUGUAAUUGU